GUACAGUCCGGAGAGCAGCUGUCGCGGGGCCGCAGUGGGUGUUUUUCUAAGCAGGCUCUUUGCAAAGCUGGAGGAAAUGCAACCUUUACAGCAGAACUGCCAGCCCGUCAGGCCGUUUAAGCAAAGGAAAAGUUUUGCCACCCGAGUGGAAGAAGUAGCAGGCAUUCGUGGGAAGUUCCCGACAAAAGUUCCAGUAAUUGUUGAAAGAUAUCAGAAAGAAAAAUACCUCCCCCUGUUGGACAAAACAAAGUUUCUUGUACCACAAGAGUUAACUAUGACACAGUUUAUAACCAUCAUUAGAAGCAGAAUGGCAUUGAGUGCUACCCAAGCUUUCUACUUGCUGAUAAACAACAAGAGUUUAGCCAGUAUGUCUUUAACUUUGGCCGAAGUAUACCAAGACUACAAAGAUGAAGAUGGAUUUGUAUACAUGACAUAUGCUUCCCAAGAGAUGUUUGGAGGUCUAACUACUUCCAAAGUAAAAUGCAAGGAAUAUCUCCUAAAAAGAUAAGUCUUCACUUGGUGGCAGCAUGGCUGAACAGUGAGCUGUACAUCAUUCAGAUUACUUGAAGAUGAAAGGUGCUCUGUCUAACGCGGGCUCUUCUGCAAAAUUAAUGGCCCAGGAGUUGGCAAGACCCAACUAAAGAACUGAGGAGUGGGAUAAACCAUCCCAAACAAAUGAAAUGGACACAUAGUUUAAUAAUUUGGCUCCUUGCCAGCCAAAGACAUUAGUAGUGAUAUGCUACCCUUAAAUCAUGUAUCUGCUUAAAAAAGUGUUGCCGUAAUUGGAAAUGAAUGAAAACGAUGAAAUUUUAUAACCAAGUUAAAUGACCUGGACACGAAUUGUCUGCUUAACAGAGAAUAACAUGUGCACUAGAGAGUAGCAAGCUGUCAUAGUUAGCUGAACAUUGCAAGGCUGAGCCAGCGCUGACUUUUAUAUUGUCUGCUUUUAUCAAAGCCAUUUGCUUUCUUCCUCCAAGAGGAAUAUUGCUGAUGAGUAGGAUGGCACCGUAAAUUUUGCAGGACGGUCUUUCCACAGACUAGAAGUCGCUCCCUUUACAGAAUAGUGACAACUACACACAAGCGGCUUGUAGAAUUGAAACUAAUAUGGUGUAAUAUAAUGGACUCUAAUGUUGGGAAAGGAGAAAGGAAAGAGGACAACCAGCAGCAAGGUAGAUAGAUUCAGUUACCGUAACAAUGAGUGUACCAUCAGAGUUCCUGAGGGACCAGAUUAGGAACAGAGUAUCAUAAAACAAAUCUAUAGGGUCACCAAGAGUUGACAACAACUUGAUGGCAUGUAAUCAUCAGUCCUUCAGAGAACAUUAUUGCACACACACAUUCCUCAGAUAUCAAUUGCUAAAAAUUAGUAAGUGAGUUUUGUUGGGGGUGGUGAUGACUGUGUCAAGUAAUGCAAGAACAUAGCCACUUAAAUAGGAACGCAAAUUCCUAUAUGGCAUCUUGCAAUUGUUUAACUUGUAUGUGACUAACUCAGCGUUGGUGCUGAGGCAGCAACUCCAGAAGCUAGAACAGUAGCCUUAUCACAAGGCUGUGUUCUUGCCUUUUGAACUCUGCUCUGAGCUUUAACUUUGAUUGAAGAUAAGAUUAUAGUAUAAAGAUGAGCUGUGUGGGUGAAUAUGCAUGUGUAAUUGUGUAUGUAUGUGUGUGCUGUAGAGUCAUAUGUUGUAUUUC